AUGGACUUUGAUAUGAGUAAGAUUGUAAAAAAUAAAUAUGGUGGAAGCUGCCGUGCAAAGAAGUCUGGAGAAUGCAAAGCAGUAUGGAACUGGUACUUGGUCUCAAACUGUUCAAAACAAAGAAAUCAACAACUAAAGGAAGAUAGCUUUAACCUGAACCAGCCAUAUCCAGCCCAAGGAUUCCUGGAAAGUUCUGAGGAUAGGGACUUCUUGGAAAGUUCCAAGGAUAGGAACUUCUUGGAAAUUUCCGAGGAAAGAGAAUUCUUGGAAAAUUCCGCGGAUAGGGACUUCCUGGAGAGUUCCGAGGAUAGGGAAUUCCUGGAAAGUUCCAAGGACAUGAACUUCCUGGAGAAUUCCGAUGAUAGAGACUUCCUGGAAAGUUCCAAGAAUAUGGACUUCCUGGAAAGUCGCAAGGAUAAGGACUUCCUGGAAAGUUCCGAGGAUAGGGACUUCCUGGAAAGUUACAAGGACAGGGACUUCCUAGAAAGUUCCGAGGUUAGUAAUUUCCUAGAAAGUUCUCAUGAUAGAGACUUCCUGGAGAGUUCCGAGUAUAGGGACUUUCUGGAAAGUUCCAAGGAUAGGGACUUCCGAGAAAGUUCCGAGGAUAGGGACAUCCUGGAAAGUUCUCAUGAUAGAGACUUCCUGGAGAGUUCCGAGUAUAUGGACUUCCUGGAGAGUUCCGAGGAUAUGGACUUCCUGGAAAGUUUCGAGGAUAGUGACUUCCCGGAAAGUUCCGAGAAUAGGGACUUCCUGGAAAGUUCCAGGGAUAUGGACUUCCUGGAAAGUUCCAAGGAUAGAAACUCCAUGGAAAGUUCCGAUGAUAUGGAUUUCCUGGAAAUUUCCGAGCAUAGGGACUUCCUGGAAAGUUCCAAGGAUAUGGACUUCCUGGAAUUUUCGGAGGAUAUGGACUUCCGGGAAAGUUCCGAGGAUAGGGACUUCCGGGAAAGUUGCGAGGAUAGGGGAUUCCUGGAAAGAAUUAUUGAUGACAGUAGUAUCAUAUCUGGGUGA